AUUGUUCGCUUAAAGUCCAUUAGGGUCGAUAGCGGUCAGAGGUCUGGGCAUGUUUAAUUGAAGGUUUUGGCUCUCUCUCUCAUUAUGUUGUGUAUGCAAAACAAAACAGUUUUAUUACAGGAAGAAAGAAAUAGAAUUAGUAUAAAUAGGCUGACCACUGUUGCACAAAACAGACGAAAGCUGAACACUCAACUCCUUACAACCAGCCUAUUCAAGACUUUACAAGAAAAAAUGUGGACUGUUGGCCUCCUUCUAGCUGUUCUUAUGGGAGUAUGUAGUGGUACAUAUAAUAUGAUGUACGGCGGUGGCGGCAUUGGUGGUGGCAUCGGCGGUCGAAUCGGCGGUGGAAUCGGUGGCGGCUUCAGUGGCGGCGGCGGCGGCGGCUACAGGGGUUAUGGUUUUGACGGGGACGAAGGAUUUGGAAUGGGCCGAUAUGGCGGCUCUGGUGGUUACGGAGGCGGCAACAGAUACGGCGGGAUGUACCAGCCAAGCUAUGGAAUCAUGGGCGGGGGCUACCAGUCCUACGGAGGAUACCCCUCGUACACGACUGGGUCGAUGGGAUACGGACGUUUCCCGUCAAUGGGAGGUGUCGUUGGGGGUGUAUCUGGGCCAGGGGGAUACGUCUAUGGCGGAUAUGGAAGGGGGCCCAUGGGAGGGUCAGCCGGCUUCAUAGGAGGUAGGAGAUACCCUGGUGGUUUCAACGGCGGCAACCGCAGAUACUCAAAAGGCAAGGGACGAUACGGCUACUGAACACGCACAGCCUACCCUCUUGUUACUUAAUCAAUAAUGUAGUAUUUGAUUGUCAUUGUUUGUAUUGUCCUUGUUGUAAUAAAGUUCGUCUGAUCCA